AUGUCCAACUCCAAAGCACCAGAAUUAUCCCCGCCCUCUUCUGAUCUACCACCGUCAUUUGAAGAGUCCAUAUCCGCUGACCCCCCGAUAUUCAAGACGCAGUUUGCCUGCAUCACAAUCAAUAAGCACGACCGUAUUCGUCUUAUGAAUUUUACCCAAGUAGAGGUUCAAGCGGUCAAACAAGUAGUCAAGACUCGCUGGAAGCCGGGCCUAGCUCAAACGCGUCCGUACGGUGAAUCUACCGAGAUUUGGGUGCGUGGUAGACCGUGGGCAUAUGAUUCCAAUGGGAACGAUGAUGCAAGACGACUCAUAUUGUGGAUACUCGAGACCUUGUUUGACCUUGGGUGGGUUGUACAGUGUUCAUUGGAUAUCACCAGGAAGUCUGAAAGUAAAGACGCCAUCCUGAAAACCUUUGGUCGCGACGUGCGAAGACGUGAGAUCACACCAGAGAGGUUCAAGAUUCAUAUAGGUAUUCAACCGUGGGAGCCAUCAGGGACGGACACUGUUACUACGAGACUACUGUUACUCAAGCUGGUUGAAACACUUGAGAGAUGCGGGUUUACGGUUUAUGCCACGAUUGGAAGUAAAGGAGAGAAUGAGGAGGGUGCAGCAGAUUUGUUGGUUUGUCAGAGGGCGAAAGAUUGGGUUCCUGGGGCGCCUAUCUGGCAUAGAUAG